UACUGAGAAACUACAACUCCAGUGCUGCAGUUUGGAUGACGUUACAGGGGCAUUUCCCGUAGUAACCUUUCCCGUCUGCCCGCUGGUACGUUUGCGCCUCCUGCCUUGAGAGGGAGGUGAAGAAGAGUUUACUUUACGGAGUUCAAGGUUUGGUUUCGUUGUACGUCUGGAGUAAAGGGUUUUGCCGAGGCAGAAAGCCCCUUUUCACAGAGCCAAGAUGCUGAACAUGUGGAAGGUUAGGGAGUUGGUUGACAAAGCAACCAACGUGGUGAUGAACUACUCAGAGGUGGAGUCUAAAGUCAGAGAGGCCACCAAUGACGACCCCUGGGGACCAUCGGGACAGCUGAUGACUGAAAUCUCUAGAGCCACCUUCAUGUAUGAGCAGUUUCCAGAGGUGAUGAACAUGCUGUGGGCCCGCAUGUUGAGAGACAACAAAAAGAACUGGAGGAGAGUCUACAAGUCUCUGCUAGUGCUGGCCCAUCUAAUCAGGAAUGGAUCAGAAAGAGUUGUUACCAGUGCCAGAGAACAUCUGUAUGACCUGAGAUCAUUAGAAAGCUACCACUUUGUAGAUGAGAAUGGGAAGGACCAGGGUGUGAAUGUGCGUCAGAAGGUGAAGGAGCUGGUGGACUUUGUCCAGGAUGAUGACCGGCUUAGGGAGGAAAGAAAAAAAGCCAAGAAGAACAAAGACAAAUACAUUGGGGUAUCCUCUGACAGUAUGGGAUACCGAAGUUAUUCGGGGGACAGGUACGACUCCAGCGAUAGCCGGGGAAAGUGGGAUGAUGACUGGGACAGGAAUAAAGGACAGUUCCCCUUCAGCGAGAAGUUGGGAGAGAUCAGCGACAAAAUUGGCAGCACCAUUGACGAUACCAUCAACAGAUUUAGGAAGAAGGAUAGAGAAGACUCACCAGAUCGAUUUAGUGACAAUGAGGAGGACCGCGGUCGCUCGUCUCACAAUGGCCAGUCUGGAAAAGAGUUCAAAGAUGAAGAGGAGACUGUUACCACCAAGAGUGUACACAUAGUCCAAGCAACAGAGACAACAGCAACACGCAAGAGAGGAGUCCCGUCCAGAAAAGUAGACUUGGGGGCUGCAGCCCACUACACAGGAGACAGGAGCCCAAACACCACCACCAAACAGCCCCAGCCAGCAGCAGCCCCUCAACCCUCCACUACCGGACUAGCUGACCUAUUAAUGGUGGACACAACACCAAGCCAGCCCUCUGCCACAGACCUGAUUGGUGGAUUUGCUGACUUCUCCUCGCCCGCUGCCUCCGUUGGCCUCUCCUCGGGAUCUGCAACUCCAGCCUCCAACAGUAAUGGGGACUUUGGAGAGUGGAAUGCCUUCCCUGGAGGUCAGAUGCCAGUAUCUGCUCAGACUGUCGACACCAACAGAAAUGACCUUUUUGGAGCCAUGACAGAAGGCCCUGCCACUGCCCAGGCACCCGCCCCACUCUCAGCUGCAGGCUCUGGUCCUGCCUCAGCAGACCUGUUUGAGUUGAUGGGGCCAACUCAGUCCCUCACCUCCUCCCAGAGCCUCAACUUUAGCAUGAGCAGCACACAGAGCAUGAGCACCACAGUCCUGCCCCAUACUAGGUCACAGCCCCUCCAGAACAUGGGGGCUCCACUGCAUCCGCAGCCUGUGCAGCCCCUCCAGCCUGUGCAGCAGGGAGUGGCCUCUCAAGGUGCAGGAGCCAAAGCAUCCCUCCCUUCCACCUGGUCAGAUCACUCUGUUAACAUCAGCCUGGACUUCCUGGGUCCAGGCAUGCAGCCCCCCAAGCCUAGCCAGCCCAGCCUCAACACCCUCCAACAAGGUAACCAGGCCAACAUGCUUUCCCAAGGAGUUUCCACCAUGAGCCUUGGGCCUACAACAGUCAGACCGCCCGUAAAUCCAAUGAUGCACCCUGGUGCUGGCAUGGGAAUGGGCAUGAGUAUGGGUAUGGCCCCCAACCAGGGCAUGAUGGGGAUGGGCAUGAACAUGGGGAUGCCACAGGGAGGUAUGACCAUGGGGAUGCCCAGUUCCAUGGGAAUGGGGAUGAACCCUGCAAUGGUCCAACAGCCCAAACAUGAUGCUUUUGCUGACUUCGGCAACUUUGGAAAGUGAUGGAGCUGGAGAGCAAAGAUUAUCAGGAGGAGUUGUGUCGGUCUCUCUCUCUCUCUCUCUCUCUCUCCGUCCAUUGGUGAAGGAUUGUUAUGAGCUGCAAACAAAGAGUACUUGAAUAAUGUCAACUAUCGUAAUACCAACACCCUGCAAUCUCCUUAUUUUUAAAAGUAAUGCUGUGUAGUGAUACAGAUCUAAAUGAGUGUCUUGUGUGUGUGUGCGCGCGCAUGUGUAUGUUUGUGUGCGUGUUGUUUGAACCAAUGAUCUACCUGGUCUGGGGUGGUUGUCAGACAUACACAAUGAUAGUGUGCCUUGUUGGUUAGUUAGGAGUGGGUGAGAAGAAGGAAGCGUGUGCCACCGUGAGAAUGUCAGGGGGAUUUGCUUUAUAACCUCAAUCAAGUGAAAUCACCAGAAUAGCAAAAAAAAAAAAAAAAAAAUCUAUGUCAGUAGCUGCAUAAUUUUUUUGAUAUGCAUUCUCAGUAACUUUACUGAAGAGUUUGGAUAACAUGAUCAGCCAUUUUAACUUUCUAAUGUACAUUUAAGAAUGUCAAGUUACCUCUUUUUUUUUUUUGUCCUCGCUCUUCCUCUGACCUGUAAAUAGAAAUCUGGAGCCCUUAAACAUAAGUUAUGAAGAUCCUAUAGAAGAGGCAGUGACAAUGUGAAGAAUUGUAUCAUACAGACCAAACCUGAUAUGACUUAAGACCUAUAACAAAGCACAUUGACACCUUCUCUUUGUACAUAAGUGUCCACACUCCAGAUGUGGCCUUUCAGCGCUACAGCUUAAGUAAUGAAUGAGUGUUUGGAGUGAAAGCUGUUGAUAAAUUUUAGGAGUUUCUCCUCCAACCGACCAUCAUUUGUGGCCUUUCUUAUUGGAAUAUAAAGUAUAUCUAUAUAUUUUACUUAUGACAAAUAUUAUAAUCAGUUUGCAUCCAAAUGAGAUAAUCAGUAGGUAGAGAGAGCCUCAUAAAGGGGUUGUGGGUUCUUUAUUACAGAGUGCCUGAAAGACCUUUGCUUCUUCUCAUCAGUUAACAGAAACAAUGUGACUGUGCAAGGUUGAGGACAGCUACCAGAACGGAGCUUCUGUUCUAUGUACAAACGUGUUUGUACUUAUGCCUCAAGCCAAGUGCAUUGUCUGUACAGAUAUCAGAUGCAGUUGUGUAAUUAUUCCACUCAUUCUGUUUUGUUUGUCCCAUGCAUGUUUUUAUUGUUUCUACUCUCUUAGGGCAAGUGAAACACCGAGAUGAAAAUACUUAAGUCAGCACCUCAAGUGUUGAUGCACACUGUUAUUAAGAUUGCAUCAUACAUUUAUCUGUUGUCUGUUAAAAUGUUCAGCAGUGCAUCUUGGCAAAUGCUGCCUUCUAACUUUCCAUCUUUAUUAAUGUUACACAUUAAAAACAGCAAUCUUGAAAACA